AUGCGGCUCUUCAGCAGCUACUUCUUGGAGACCGAAGUCCUCCUUCAGGCGUUAUCUAAAACUAUCCCUAGUGAAGAGCGAGUCACAAAGCAUACUGUAACAAUGGCUUUCGUCAAUUAUUGUUUAUCAGUGUUUGUUUCACUCCUGAAAAUCGUGCGAUUAUCAUUUAUAGCUUUUAUUGCCACUGAGUGUUUGAACUCACUUGGAUCACCUGCCUGCUCUGAACUUGAUGGCGGCAGCGUGAGUUUGUCUUAUGAUGUGGAUUCCAAUCUGAGGACUUUCGAUGCCUGCUCUGACCUUGAUGGUGGCAGCGAGAGUUCAUCUUGUCAUCUGGAUUCUAAACUGACGACUUUCAAUGCCUGCUUUGAACUUGAUGGCGGCAGCAAAAGUUCAUCUUGUGGUCUGGAUUCCAAUUUGUUGACUUUCAGUGCCUGCUCUGAACUUGAUUGCGGCAGCGAGAGUUCACCUUGUGACUUGGAAUCUAAUCUGAUGACUUUCAAUGCCAGCUCUGAACUUGAUGGCGGCAGCGAGAGUUCGUCUUGUGAUUUAGAUCCUAAUCUGAUGACUUUCAAUGCCAGCUCUGAACUUGAUGGCGGCAUCGAGAGUUCCUCUAUUGAUAUGGAAUUUGAUCUGCAGAUAAAAGACGAUGACGACGAAGACGACGACCAGGACGAAGUUACUGAGGAUGAAGAGAAGCGCAAAGCACUUGAUCAACCUCGUUUGGACAACCCAGAAGGACUCUGCCAUCUAUUUAGAAAUAAACUAAAGGAAAUCGACAUAAAAAACCAGGACCUCCUCCAGAUAAUCAAGGAGAAGAAUAGGAAGGAGGCAGAGCUUAAUGAAACCAUCAGGCAGCUCAACGAGGAACUGAUCAACGAGAAGACCGCUAGCGCCAACCACCUCCUUGACCUUCACAAGGAGGCUGAACUUCUUAAGGUCAAAGAAGUUCUGGCAAAGGAAAGAGACUCGUUCGAACGACAACUACAGAAGCAAAUGGAAGAUCAAAAGGAAGCCAUGGAAAGACUCGCAGAAGAAAAGGAGGAUGUGUUGAAAAUCCGAGAGCAGCAGAUCUUGGAGAAGGAACUUGUAAUCAAGAAUUUGGUAAAACAGAAUGAGAUUCUUAAGAAAAACAUGGAUAUGAUGAAGGAAGACCUUGAACAAACCCGACUGCAGGUAAUCUUGAAGGAAGCUGAACUUCUUAAGAUCGAAGAAGUUCUGGCGAAGGAGAGACACUUGUUCAAGGAGGCGAUGAAAAAACUCACAGACGAAAAGCAAGAGAAGGAGAAUCUUUUGCAAAUACGAGAGCAGCACAUCUCGGAGAAGGAACGAGUGAUUAAGGAUUUGAAAAUGGAAAACGAGAUUCUUCAGGAAAACAUCGAUACAAUGCAGGAAGACCUUGAAAAAAUCAGAGAACAGCAAAUCUCGAAGGACUGGAAUAUAGAAGAUUUGGAGGAUAAGAACGAGAAUCUUAAGAAGAACAUGGUAAAGAUACAGCGAGACCUCGAACGGAUGAAAGCAGAGAAGGAGCAGAGAGAACGACAUAUAAAAGAUCAUGAGGUACUCGCAGAGGAAAUGAACAAUGCAGUAAAAAACCUGCAGGAGGAGUUAAAGGAAAUGAAACAACAGAAGAUAUGGAUGGAAAAUGAUAAAGAAAGGUUGGAAAACAAAAACAGAGAGAUGGAAACCUUGAACGAAGAGCUUCAUCAACUCAGGCUGGACAAGAGCCGAAUGGAACACCAGCUGGUCGAAGCGAGGGAUAUCCUUGGCAAAGUGAGAAAGCAAAGCGCUGAAAAAACAGAAAAGAUGGUGGCUCUUGAAAGAGAGAUUGAAGACCAGAAGAGACUGAAAAAGGUUGCUUCCAUAAGAGACAAUGAAGAACAUCUGAAAAGGCUUGAAAAGAUGACUGCCCUAGAAAAAGAGAAUGAAAGUCUUUGGAAAGGACUGGAAAAAAUGGAGAAAAAUCAUAAAAACCUGCUUGUUGAAGCCCAAGCUCAAACUGAGCUCAAAGAAGAAGAAGCAAGGAGACUCGCAUUAGAACUUGAGGGACAAAAUCGAGCAAUAGGAAAUCUCCAGUCUGAAAACAAGAAGUUGAGAGAGUUAGUGAAAGAAAAGCGAGGAGUAAUAGACUCCUUGAAGAGGGAAAAGGAAGCGCCAACAGCCAAGAUGGCGGCUGAUUUUGAGAGGAUGAGGAAUGAGUGUGCCGAGAAGGAGGAGCAAAUUAAAGACCAGGAAAUGCUUUUGCGAACUCUCAAGGCCGAGAAGGACCAAAUGAGUAAAGAUCUGGAGGAAAUGAAAAGGAUCUGCAGCGAAAUGAAGGAACAAAGAGAAGACAAAGAGCAAAUGACAUUCAUAGGCAAAGGACUUUUCGCCUACAUGAAUGAUCUGAAUGAUGCCGCCUUCAGUGUCUUCUCAGAAGCCUUGGCCAAUGGUUCCUUCACCAACGAAGAAUCGGCUCUGCUGCACAUCCUUCGGGCUAAGGCUCUGGCGGCUUGUGGUCAGCCUUCAGAUGACUUGGCCAUCAUAGCUGACUGUUGCAUGGCCAUCAAGAAGGGUCUCAGUGGAUGGGAAGUGCACCAACUUUGCGGGGAGCACCUAUUAAAACAAGAGCUCUUUGGUGCUGCCGUAGAAGACCUCAAAAUUGCGGACAGGCUCAAGAGAUCUGCAGAGACUCUACGAGCACUGAAUGAGGCAAAGGAAAAGCAAAUGAAAUGGGAGACCCAAUCCCACCACAGUGCUUUGGGUCUUCAUCAAACUGCCACUAAGCCCCAAAUUUUAAAAGCUUACAAAGACCUGUCAAUGAAGUACCAUCCAGAUAGGCAUAGAGAUAAACCCGAAGUUUUACAAAAGGCCUUUGAAGAGAAAUUCAAGCGCAUUACUAAUGCAAAGACCAUUCUGAUGGAAAAUCAGCAACAAUGGCAGCACGAGGCAAAGUUCCCACAAAAUGGCUACAGACGGAAUAAUGGUAAACAGUGGAAUGAUCAACGUGGCUACAGAAAGAAGGAUGAGCAGUGGUAUGAAGAAUCAUAUUAUUGA